AUGCGUAGUGAGACGAUUACAAAUGGCCGCUCCUUGCGACCAUCGUCGCUCCCUUGCGACUUUGGCUAUUUUGGAUUUACACUCCAAACAGGUAUGUGCCCGCUUCGCCCGGCGAGCAAGGACACAUCUUCCGUGAGAGUAGUUCUCAUCUUUCGCGGCACUGACGACGCUGCAGAUUUACCACAAAUGGUGGAAGACACCAUCAGAGUACGCGGCCCCAAGACUAAUGUAACUAAAGGGGUCGACCUCAGAAAAAUAGGACAGACUAUUAUUUGGCUCAACAGCUCCCUGGUCAGUCUUCACGCAACCAAUGUAUCAGACUGGACAACACCGAUGCCGACCACCACGACAGAGAUGACCACAGCGGAUUGCAUCUGUUUUAUGUCUUUUUUUCUUUUCUUUUUCCAGAUGAUGAAUAUUAUUGAUGAGGUUGCAUUGCGUGAUCGAUUUGCCGGAUGUGAUAUUUCACACUUUGAUAAACCAUUAUUUUUUCCAGCAAGGACAGCUCUUCUGUUAGGUUUUUCUUUUGUCUUCCAGUAUUUUAACGACGCUGCAGAUUUGCCGCAGAUGGUAGAAGAUACCAUCCGACAACACGCCCCCAAGACUAACGUUACCAAAGAUGCCAAUGCCAGACAAAUAGGUCAGACCAUUAUUUGGCUCAAUAGUUCACUGGUCAGUCUUCAUGCAGCCAACGUCUCAGACUGGACGACACCGAUGCCGACGACCACUACAGAGAUGACCACACCAGACUGCAAAGACACGUCUUCUGUUAGGGUCGCCUUCAUCUUCCGCGGCACUGACGAGGCUGGAGAUUUACCACUGAUGGUGGAAGAUACCAUCAGACAGCACGCUCCCAAAACUAGUCCAACCAAAGGUGACGACCUCAGACAAAUCGGACAGACGAUUAUUUGGCUCAACAGUUCUCUGGUCAGUCUUCAUGCAGCCAAUGUUUCGGACUGGACAACACCGAUGCCGACCACUACAACAGAGAUGACCACGCCCGACUGGUCACUACUCGGAGUGAGAGUCAUCUUCAUCUUCCGCGGCACUGAUGACGCUGCUAAUUUGCCACAGAUGGUGGAAGAUACGAUCAGACAACACGCUCCCAAGUCUAACGCCAGCAAAGGUGUCGACCUCAGACAAAUCGGACAGACGAUUAUUUGGCUCAACAGUUCUCUGGUCAGUCUUCAUGCCGCCAAUGUUUCGGACUGGACAACACCGAUGCCGACCACCACAACAGAGCUGACCACGCCCGACUGGUCACUACUCGGAGGUAAGACUCGAUAUUAUAAAGUACAGGCAUCGCUCCGCCUGGUUACUGCUACUUUCUCUUAUUACCAUUUCCCACCAGUGCUAGUGGGUGGGGACAGCUCCUUCAACCUCCUUAAUGUCUCGUCUGUGCCUGCUACACGUCAGUGGGUGCAGGCAGUCCCUCCUCGUUCCUUGAGCGCUCUUCUGUGCCUCAAAGACUCCUCUUCUGUGAGAGUUGUUCUCAUCUUCCUCGGCACUGAAGACGCUGCCGUUUUGCCACAAAUGGUGGAAGAUACGAUCAGACUGCACGCCCCCAAGUCUAAUGCUAGCAAAGGUGAAGACCUCAGGCAAAUCGGACAGACGAUUAUUUGGCUCAACAGUUCUCUGGUCAGUCUUCAUGCAGCCAAUGUUUCCGACUGGACAACACCGAUGCCGACCACCACAACAGAGAUGACCACACCAGAUUGGUCACAACUGGGAGUAUCUAUCAUAUUUAAUAAAAUCUUUUUUUGUUUACAGAUGAAGACUAUUAUGGACAUGGAUGCCUUGAGUGGUCGAUAUGCAGGAUGCGAUAUUUCACGAUUUGACAAAGACUCCUCUUCUGUGAGAGUUGUUCUCAUCUUCCACGGCACUGAAGAUGCUGCCGUUUUGCCACAAAUGGUGGAAGAUACGAUCAGACAGCACGCUCCCAAGUCUAACGCUAGCAAAGGUGAAGACCUCAGACAAAUCGGACAGACGAUUAUUUGGCUCAACAGUUCGCUGGUCAGUCUUCAUGCCGCCAAUGUUUCUGAUUGGACAACACCGAUGCCGACAACUACAACAGAGAUGACGACACCAGAUUGGUCACAACUUGGAGACUCUUCCUCUUUGAGGGUGGUCCUCAUCUUCCACGGCACUGAAGACGCUGCCGUUUUGCCACAAAUGGUGGAAGAUACGAUCAGACAACACGCCCCCAAGACUAACGCUAGCAAAAGUGAAGACCUCAGACAAAUCGGACAGACGAUUAUUUGGCUCAACAGUUCCUUGGUCAGUCUUCAUGCUGCCAAUGUUUCAGACUGGACAACACCGAUGCCGACAACCACAACAGAGAUGAUCACACCCGACUGGUCACUACUCGGAGACGCUGCCGUCUUGCCACAAAUGGUGGAAGAUACCAUCAGACAGCACGCUCCCAAGACUAACGCCACCAAAGGUGUCGACCUCAGGCAAAUCGGACAGACGAUUAUUUGGCUCAACAGUUCUCUGGUCAGUCUUCAUGCAGCCAAUGUUUCGGACUGGACAACACCGAUGCCGACAACCACAACAGAGAUGACCACACCCGACUGGUCAUUACUCGGAGCCUUUUCUUCUUCUUCUUCUUCUUCUUCUUCUUCUUCUUCUUCUUCUUCUUCUUCUUCUAUCAUUUCCCCUUACCACAAUUCUUCUACUUCGUCUUCUUCUUCUUCUAUAUUAAGUUAUUUUUUUGUUUUCUUGAUGGAAUUUUUUUCCUUCAUUCCCAGCAAGGACAGUUCUUCAGUGAGGGUGGUCUUCAUCUUCCGUGGCACUGAUUUCGCUGCAGAUUUGUCACAAAUGGUGGAAGAUACGAUCAGACAACACGCCCCCAAGACAAACGUUACCAAAGUGGACGACCUCAGGCAAAUAGGACAAACCAUUAUAUGGCUCAACAGUUCCUUGGUCAGUCUUCAUGCAGCCAAUGUUUCGGACUGGACAACACCGAUGCCGACCACAACAACAGAGAUGACCACACCAGACUGGUCACUACUUGGAGAUUUGUCACAAAUGGUGGAAGAUACGAUCAGACAAUACGCUCCAAAGACUAACGCCACCAAAGGUGACGACCUCAGACAAAUCGGAGAGACCAUUAUUUGGCUCAACAGUUCCUUGGUCAGUCUUCAUGCAGCCAAUGUUUCAGAUUGGACAACACCGAUGCCGACCACAACAACAGAGAUGACCACACCUGACUGGUCACUGCUUGGAGAACUAAUAUAUUCUUUUACAUUUUUCUUAAUUCCCAGCAAGGACACUUCAUCCGUGAGGGUCGUCCUCAUCUUCAGUGGCACUGAAGACGCUGCAAUAUUGCCACAAAUGGUGGAAGAUACCAUCAGACAGCACGCUCCCAAGACUAGUGCAACCAAAGGUGACGACCUCAGACAAAUCGGAGAGACCAUUAUUUGGCUCAACAGUUCAUUGGUCAGUCUUCAUGCAGCCAAUGUUUCGGACUGGACAACACCGAUGCCGACCACCACAACAGAGCUGACCACGCCCGACUGGUCACUACUCGGAGUCCGUCUCUCAACGCUGUCAAAAUCAUUCUGGUUUUCAACGGGACAGAAGAAGCGAACUUCUUACAGGGCGCAGUCAUUGACGUCAUCCGGAAGUUCGGCCCGCGUCCAUUGUUCACUUCCGGUCAAGAGAUCAGAACUCUGGGAGACCUUAACGUUCUUUUGCAAGACUCCGAUGCAAGUUUAUCGGCUAUCAAAGUGUCAGACUGGACAACCACACCCGUACCCGACACCACGACCAUGGAAAUUCUCACCACAACUCUUGAUUGGUCAGCACUGGGAGGUAAAGAAAUGCAGUUUCUAUGAAUCUAAAGUCUAA